GCGGCCCCAGCCCCGUUGCCGGGUGAAUGCAGCUAGCAAACAAAAAAGCGGGCGAUUUAAACGUGCCUUCGAAACCCGUUAGGAAUGCGUCGUCACCCGGAGACCGUUUAAAAGCAGCUUUGGCUGGUCUUCUGCUAUCGAGGAAGCAGGCGCCCCACCUCGCCUCGGCAGGGCUGCCUGCUGUUUCCCGGGGAGAUCAUGAAACGAGGUCGCCUUCCCAGCAGCAGUGAGGAUUCUGACGACAAUGGCAGCCUGUCAACUACUUGGUCCCAGAAUUCUCGGUCCCAGCACAGGAGAAGCUCCUGCUCCAGACAUGAAGAUCGAAAGCCUUCGGAGGUGUUUAGGACAGACCUGAUCACCGCGAUGAAGCUGCACGACUCCUACCAGCUGAACCCGGAUGAGUACUAUGUCCUGGCCGAUCCCUGGAGACAGGAGUGGGAGAAAGGGGUCCAGGUGCCAGUGAGCCCGGGGACCAUACCUCAGCCGGUGGCCAGAGUUGUAUCUGAAGAAAAGUCACUCAUGUUCAUCAGGCCCAAGAAAUACAUCGUGUCCUCGGGCUCCGAGCCUCCCGAAUUGGGCUACGUCGAUAUCCGGACGCUGGCCGACAGCGUCUGCCGCUAUGACCUCAACGACAUGGACGCUGCCUGGCUGGAGCUGACCAAUGAGGAGUUCAAGGAGAUGGGGAUGCCGGAACUGGAUGAGUACACCAUGGAAAGGGUCCUGGAGGAAUUCGAGCAGCGCUGCUAUGACAACAUGAACCACGCCAUAGAGACCGAAGAAGGCCUGGGGAUCGAGUAUGACGAGGAUGUUGUUUGUGACGUCUGCCAGUCGCCAGACGGGGAGGACGGCAACGAGAUGGUCUUCUGUGACAAGUGCAACAUCUGUGUGCAUCAGGCCUGUUAUGGGAUCCUCAAGGUACCAGAAGGCAGCUGGUUGUGCCGGACGUGUGCCCUGGGGGUUCAGCCCAAGUGUCUGCUGUGCCCCAAGAAAGGCGGUGCUAUGAAGCCCACCCGCAGCGGAACCAAGUGGGUCCAUGUCAGCUGUGCCCUGUGGAUCCCCGAGGUGAGCAUCGGCAGCCCCGAGAAGAUGGAGCCCAUCACCAAGGUGUCGCACAUCCCCAGCAGCCGGUGGGCACUCGUGUGUAGCCUCUGCAAUGAGAAGUUUGGGGCCUCCAUCCAGUGCUCUGUGAAGAACUGCCGCACAGCCUUCCACGUGACCUGUGCUUUUGACCGGGGCCUGGAGAUGAAGACCAUCUUGGCAGAGAACGACGAGGUCAAGUUCAAGUCCUACUGCCCGAAGCACAGCUCACACCGCAAGCCCGAGGAGAACCUGGGUGAGGGCCCCACGCAGGAGAACGGGGCCCCCGAGUGCUCCCCCAGGGAACCGCUGGAGCCCUUUGCCAGCCUCGAGCAGAACCGGGAGGACGCGCACCGGGUGAGUGUCCGCAAGCAGAAGCUGCAGCAGCUGGAGGACGAGUUCUACACCUUCGUCAACCUGCUGGAUGUCGCCAGGGCCCUGCGGCUGCCCGAGGAAGUGGUGGAUUUCCUGUACCAGUACUGGAAGUUGAAGAGGAAGGUCAACUUCAACAAGCCUCUGAUCACCCCAAAGAAAGACGAAGAGGACAAUCUAGCCAAGCGGGAGCAGGAUGUCUUGUUUAGGAGGCUGCAGCUGUUCACGCACCUGCGGCAGGACCUGGAGAGGGUUCGGAACCUCACUUACAUGGUGACCCGCAGGGAAAAGAUUAAACGAUCUGUGUGCAAAGUCCAGGAACAGAUAUUCAAUCUUUACACUAAGCUCUUGGAGCAAGAAAGAGUUUCAGGUGUGCCUUCUUCGUCCUGCUCCUCCUCCUCACUGGAAAACAUGCUGUUGUUUAACAGUCCUUCUGUGGGCCCUGACGCUCCUAAGAUCGAGGACUUGAAGUGGCAUUCUGCGUUCUUCAGGAAACAAAUGGGUACUUCCUUGGUUCAUUCCCUGAAAAAGCCCCAUAAGCGAGAUCCAUUGCAGAAUAGCACUGGGGGUGAAGGCAAGACCUCGCUAAAGCAGCCAGACCCGUGUGGUCGAAGGGAGGGCCUGGUGGUCCCCGAGAGCUUUCUGAGUUUUGAAAAGACCUUUGCAGAAGCACGUCUCAUAUCAUCAGCACAACAGAAAAACGGCGUGGUGACGCCAGACCACGGGAAAAGAAGAGACAAUCGUUUUCAUUGUGAUCUCAUUAAAGGAGACUUAAAGGACAAAUCUUUUAAACAGAGUCACAAGCCUCUCAGGUCCACAGACGUGUCCCAGAGGCAUCUGGACAACACAAGAGCUGCCACAUCCCCUGGAGUGGGGCAGUCAGCACCUGGCACGAGGAAGGAGGUGGUGCCCAAGUGCAAUGGCUCCCUAAUCAAAGUAAACUAUACCCAGACUGCAGUCAAAGUGCCUACAACACCUGCCAGCCCGGUGAAAAACUGGGGCGGAUUCCGAAUUCCAAAGAAGGGGGAGCGGCAGCAGCAGGGAGAGGCCCCCGAGGGGGCCUGCCACAACCACUCAGACUACCCAUAUUUGGGCUUAGGCCGAGCUCCAGCCAAGGAAAGGGCAAAAAGCAAAUUAAAAUCAGACAAUGAGAAUGACGGGUAUGUCCCUGACGUAGAAAUGAGUGACUCAGAGAGUGAGGCAUCAGAAAAGAAAUGUAUGCACGCCAGCAACACUAUCAGCAGGAGGACAGACAUUAUCCGGAGAAGCAUCUUGGCCUCUUGAUGACACAGCCCCCGUGGGAAGCACCGCAGGCUUGUCAUUGCUUGUGCCCGAGGCCAGCUCUGAUGUGGGGACGAGUGGGAACCCAUUACUCCUGAGCUACACAAACACGUUCACUUCAAUUCAGAUAGUUCUUACCCCCCCUCCCCCCCAGUCAUUUAUAAACCAUUGUGAGAGUUUGUGUUAUUUCCAACUUAUUGAGGAAACAGAAGAGUAGGCUGUAACCGUUGAGACACUGCUGAGAUGAGAACCUGAACCAAACACUAAAAUGAGAACAAAUUAAAUAAGUCUUAGAGGGCAAGGCUGAAAUAAGCCUUAGGAAUUGUAUUGCCCUCUUCCUUCUUCCCGAAGCACAAACUCUUGGUUACCUGAAUAUAUGGAAUCAGAUAGAGUUUUUGAGAAACCCUCAUGUACUGUUUAUAGCCCACAAAACUUAUUUUCUAGGACUGGUAGAUCUUGAAGUCAUUUCUAUUUUGGCCUACGAGGCUGUUUUGGUUGCAUCCUAGUACACAGGCAGCAGCUCUCGGAAGCUUCAGUAACGCUAGGGAAUUCACGUGGAAAUGCAGUAGUCGGAGGGAGAGAGAAUUUGAGGAAAAGGUCAUGCUGGAAGAGUUGAAGGGACAGGGCUGAACUGCUGCAGUGCGGAGACUGGGAGUGAAUGUGGCAGGGCCCUGCUGCCUGGAACCCACACUUAGUGUGGAUUAUAGGGCUGGUGGAUUUUGAAGCUGUUAGGCAAAUUCUCUGUACGAGAAAGGGCAGUCGAGGUCUAAUUUUUACCAAUCAUCUUGGCCUUCCCCUUCCCUAACCACUGGCUCUUGGGCCAGUUUGGGAUUUCCCCGGCCAUUGCCAGUGCCUGGCCAUCUGGCUUCCUUCCAACAUUAUAAAGGCUAUUCAAGUUUAAGUGAUGAACUUCCAGACUCUGGUGACUCAAACUUCCCAGAGCCAACCACUAAUGGAUAUGUCGGGGAAUCCGGGCUUCCAACAUGAACGGAUUCCUUAAGAAAAAAGAAGAAAAAAAGAAAAAAAAAAAAAAAGGAAAAAAAAAAGCAAAAUAGGUUAUAUUUUAAAAAGAAUAGAAAGGCAAUAAGUUGCGAUAAGCUCUUACCAUUGACCAAGGUUAUACAGGAAAGAGACUGAAGUGUACCCUCAAAUAGGCUUUCUGGAGUCAGAGUUUUGUAACUCGUAAUUCGUAACUUGGACUUUCUAAUUGCAAAUGGCAAUAACUAGUAAGUUAUCAGCAAUAAUAAAUUUAGCAUUAAAUUUGAGUACAAUGUUCUGUUUUCGCACUCUUUGUAGUGCCUAUGUAUUAAGACAGUGGAUAGUGUUAAGGUCCUGUUCAUUUUCUUUGGAAUUCAAUGUAGUUGUGACUCAAACUUGAGAAGGAAAGUUUAAAAAUAGCAAUGAGAUUAAGAAUUAUGGGCAUGUGGAACAAGCCCGACUUCCCCCAAAUUACCCUUAGUUUGUAAUAUCAGUAUUCAGAUUCCCAAUUCACUUAUACAUCAGUUUUCAUGUGGCAGGGACAUUCUGAUAAUUAAUGAAUGAUGCUUUGAGUUCUGUAGUUAACUUUCAAGUCUUCCAGAUGAUUGUCAACAACAAAAAAGGCUUAUUGAAUUCCAUCUUGCUAUGCAAGUUUUAUCAGAUGAUCAAAUAGUAGAUCUGAUGCAUCCCCAUUGUAUGUAUGACAUUUUCAAACCAAGUCUUAACUUUUCAAGUACAUUUUAGUAGCUAAUUCAGGGGAGGGGAUAGAAUGACCCAGGUUUUUAAGAUUGACUAUUUUUGAGCUAUUGGGCUCAUUUUUGAAAGACUGCUGUCCAGAUGAGCUUGUUGCUACAGAGACUAGAAGGUUCGUGUGAAUCCAAGUUGUAUCUUCACUGGUAGCAUAAUUUAAAAGCUAAAUUUUUGUUUGUUUGUUUGUUUUGGCAAAUGAGCAAAAAACCUUUUGCUGGAUUCAGGAGAAGGUUGGACUCUACAGUUAUCUUUUGACUAUAGCAACAGCUCUGGGUGAGAGUAGAAUUUAUAGAGGGAUAAUUUGUCAAGCCAUAGAAAGAAAAUCUAAAUUAAUCUAGUAAGUACAUGACCUCUCACCAUUUUAAGAGGUACCAGAUUCAUUUGCACUAUUAGGAAUGCUAGUUUUGUGCAAAAUAAUGCCUUACCUGUUUUUCCCCCACAUUUAGGUUGAAAAGCUUUCGAACGUUCCAAGUUAUGCUGAACCAAAAACCGAAACAAAACAAAACAAAAUAAAAAAUAAUAAAAAAAACCCCUAACACAAAAACAAAACACACAAAAAAAAGAAGCCCACACUUUUUAUUCCUGCUUCGAAAUGCAAAUGGUAUAGAGCACGGUUUCUCUGACAGUGUAAUGAUAGCUUUGUAAGUUAGUUUCAUGUCAUGCUGGGAACUCUAUGAGGUGGCCAUAGCAGCAACCAGCCCGAACUACCCACUUGCAUUCUAUUAGUAAGGAACCUUUUUUUUUUUUCCUGUUUCCCCCCCAUUUGUUUUUUUAAGCUUUAUCUUUCCUUGUGCAUCCUGACCAAGAAGUAACUUUAUGAUCAAUGUAUUAUGUCAAAAUGUAGGCUAGUUAAACUUUUGUAAAGUUGCCUGGAAUGUCAUUUGUUAGGUUAUAAACACAAAAUCUAAAUGAAGGGUUUUAUGUGUUGUGUACAAAUCUUAAUUAUUUUGAAAUGGACAAACUCGUCAUUACAUUUGUAACCUUGUACAGAGAAUUUUUCACUAUGUGCCUAGCUUGGUGUCCAUUCAGCUAAAAUUGAAAAAAAAAAAGGUGCAUGAAGAGUUAAAAAUCAGAAAUUAAACAAAGUAUAUGUAGAGAGGACUAUUUUAUAUUACAUGGCCCGAUCCUGUAUUUAUUUCUACCCCCCUUUUGGAAAGUAUUUAUAAAACUAGUUGAGGACAGCUGUAUUUUUUUGUUGAACUAUUUAGUAGAAUUUGUGCCUUUUUGUCUGUAUGUGAAUAAAUGCUGUACAUUUUGCAAUA